UUACCUCAGAUACAACAGUCGGAGGGAAAAAAACAGCACACGGGUCUGUCGCUUCUCUGCGCCGCCGGGAGAUUUAAUGCGCGAGGCGCAAAGCCAUUCUUGUCUUCAUCUCGCAUUGCUGUGCUGGCAUUGGUCGCAUUUCCGCUACGCUCGGAAUAAGCUCUUUUUCUUACACCAAAACGUUCCGUCCUUUGCAACUGUAAUUCUUAUCUAACACCAGUUAAACAUUUAUUUAAUGAUUGUGUCAGAAGCUUUUAAUGCAUUACACCUUACGUUAAGGGCAAAUAUAUUUAGUCUGUGGCAGUUUUAAGCAACAAGCGGAUCGGCAACAAGGCGUGAGGAACUGACCACAUCCGCACGGGUGCCAAAGUUACUGAGAUCCUCUCUUCGCAAAUGGACGCACUGGGAGCCGAGAAGAACACUACUGGCAGACUGAAUUGAGUUCUCACUUCCCUCUCGAGCUGAAGAGCAGAGACAGAGCUCUACGCAUCCGAAGUGGACACAGGUAUUCGGGCACCAGGAGUCGUCACUUAUUGCAGUGAGGCAGCAAGUCUGAUGCUACCACGUCACUUCCUGUAAGUCUGUAAGAGGACACCCCCUCCCACCCCACCCCACUCUCCAUCUCAACAUGUCUAGCCCACAGGCAAUAUGGCCUCCGGGCACGGAGUGUGUGGCAAAGUACAGCUUCAAGGGCACCACUGACCAGGACCUGCCCCUCUGCAAGGGAGACGUGCUGACCAUCAUCAGUGUAACCCGGGACCCAAACUGGUACAAGGCCAAGAACACUGGUGGACAGGAGGGCACCAUCCCAGCCAACUACGUCCAGAAGAGGGAGGGAGUCAAAUCAGGAGGCAACAAACUUAGUCUUAUGCCAUGGUUCCACGGGAAGAUCACGCGGGAGCAGGCGGAGGGUCUGCUGCACCCACCGGAGACGGGGCUGUUCCUGGUGCGCGAGAGCACCAACUACCCCGGAGACUACACGCUCUGCGUCAGCUGCGAUGGCAAGGUGGAGCACUACCGCAUCAUCUACCACAAGGGCAAGCUCAGCAUCGACGAGGAGGAGUUCUUCGAGAACCUCAUGCAGCUCGUCGAGCACUACACCAAAGAUGCUGAUGGCCUGUGCACCAAACUUAUCAAGCCCAAGCUGGAGGAAGGGACCGUAGCUGCCCAGGACGAGUUCUCCCGCAGUGGAUGGUCCCUGAACAGGAAAGAGCUGAAGCUCCACCAAACGAUAGGAAAGGGAGAGUUUGGAGAUGUGAUGGAGGGAGAAUACAGAGGAUCGAGAGUAGCGGUGAAGUGCAUCAAACAUGACGCCACUGCACAGGCCUUCGUAGCGGAGGCUUCCAUCAUGACGCAGAUGAGACACCCUAAUCUGGUGCAGCUGCUGGGCGUGAUCGUGGAGGAGAACGGCUCACUCUUCAUCGUCACCGAGUUCAUGGCCAAGGGUAGUCUAGCUGAUUACCUGCGUACCAGGGGCAGGACGGUGAUUGAUGCCAAAUGCCUCCUCAAGUUCUCUCUGGAUGUGUGCGAGGCCAUGGAGUAUUUGGAGGAAAGUAAGUUUGUGCACAGAGACCUGGCGGCGCGGAACGUUCUAGUGUCCGAUGACAAUAUCGCCAAAGUCAGCGACUUCGGUCUGACCAAGGAGGCCUCAUCCAAACAGGACACGGCUAAGCUUCCAGUCAAGUGGACUGCACCAGAGGCCCUCAGGGAGAAGAAAUUCUCCACCAAGUCGGACGUGUGGAGCUACGGCAUCUUACUGUGGGAGAUCUACUCUUUCGGCCGUGUCCCGUACCCCAAGAUUGCGCUGAAGGACGUGGUCCCGCAGGUGGAGAAGGGCUACGUGAUGACGGCGCCGGAUGGCUGCCCUGCGCCGGUGUACGAGGUGAUGAAGCUGUGCUGGACCCUUAACGCGGACACCCGGCCCAGCUUCAGGAAGCUCCGCGAACAGCUUGAACUCAUCCGCUCGGCACCUUAGGAG